CACUCCAAAACCCUAAUCAAUUGCAAGGUCUGCAACCAAACUUCAUCUUUUCUCUCUCUAAAAGUUUCUGAAGCUUUUUUCACAGCACAAAAAUGGCGGGAGGUAAAAUCAGGAAGGAGAAACAGAAAGGGAGCAACCAUUUUCAAGGAGGAAUUCCCUUCCAUAAAUCAAAGGGACAACAUAUUCUGAAAAAUCCAAUGUUGGUUGAAUCAAUUGUUCAGAAAGCUGGGAUUAAACCUACUGAUAUAAUUCUCGAAAUUGGUCCGGGUACUGGUAAUCUUACUAAGAAGCUUCUAGAAGCUGGGAAGAAAGUUAUUGCUGUUGAAUUGGAUCCUCGUAUGGUUCUGGAACUUAAACGCCGUUUUCAAGGCACCCCUUUCUCCACUCGGUUAGAGGUAAUCCAAGGAGAUGUUCUAAAGUGUGAACUUCCAUUUUUCGAUAUCUGCGUUGCCAACAUCCCAUACCAAAUCUCCUCCCCACUCGUGUUCAAGUUAUUAGACAUCAACCAAAAGCAAAACUUCAGAUGUGCAAUUAUAAUGUUCCAAAGAGAAUUCGCAAUGAGGCUUGUUGCUCAACCGGGUGAUAAGCUUUACUGCCGUCUCGCAGUCAACACUCAGCUCCUUGCUCGGGUUUUCCACCUCCUCAAAGUCGGGAAGAACAAUUUCCGGCCCCCACCUAAGGUCGACUCCUCAGUCGUCCGUAUCGAACCUAGAAGGCCACUUCCUAUCCCAGUUGGCAAACUUAAAGAAUGGAACGGGCUUCUGUCACUGUGUUUCAGCCGAAAGAACAAAACGCUCGGGUCAAUAUUUGGUCAAAAGAAGGUUCUAGAAAUGCUGGAAAAGAAUUACAGGACUUUAGAGUCUUUAGGGCAGUUAAAGGAUAAUGAUUCAGAGAUUAUUGAUAUGUCUAUCUUAAAUGAGGAUGUAAGUAUGGAUGUUGUUGAGAAUGGAAAAGCUGAUGAUGAAGAAGAUGAUCAAAUGGAGGUUGAAGAAGAAGGUGAAGAUGAUGCAGAUUCUGAUAAUAAUGAGAUGCAAAUAAAUGAUUCUGGGUUUAAAGGUAAGGUGAUUGGUGUUUUGAAGCAAUAUGAUUAUGCAGAUAAAAGAUCGUCUAAGCUUACACAAAACGAGUUUAUACACUUAUUAUCGGUUUUUAAUCAGGCCGGUAUUCACUUUACGAGUACUAAAUAGGGUUUUAGUAGUAAUGUUGUUUAGUUGCUUGUACUAAUUAAACACAAGCACCCAAUUUUGCUUGCUAUGUUGUCAUACAGUUUGUUAUAUCAAGAAACAUGAAAAAUGUGAGUGGCAAGAGUUUUUUGCAUCUGACUAUAUCUGACAAGUAGUAGAAUUUGUUUUGAUUUGUGUCUUCA